AUGACUUUGAAUUUUCAAUCAUGUCUUUUUAAAGACAUUUCUUCAAUGUUAAAAAAUGCCGACGAUUAUAACGUUAUUAUUAAAGUUGGAAAAUCUCAAGAUAUAAAAGAAUUUCGUGCACAUUCAAAUAUUUUAAGAUCUCAUUCUCAACAUUUUAAAAAUGUUAUUCCUGCCGAUAUUAAUAAAAAGAAUACUAUUUUUACAAUAAUCAAACCAAAUAUUACUCCUACCAUUUUUGAAAUAAUUCUCAAAUAUAUUUAUACCGGAGAAUUUAAUUUCAAGAAUAAAUCGGGAACGGAUAGUUUUAAACUAUUGGUUGCAUGUAGUAAUUUACUUCUUGAAGAAUUAGUAGAAUAUUUACAAUCUUUCUUAAUUGAACAACAUUCAUCUUGGAUUCGACAAAAUUUUGUUCUUGUUUUAAAUGCUAUAUUUAAAUCUCCUAUUCUCAAAAAGUUACAAGAUUAUUAUAUUUUACGUAUUAAAGAGACGGCUAUUUGGGAAUUUUUAAUUAAAUGGGUUAUUAUUCCAAUUAAUUUAUAUGAUGAAAUUUUGGAAUAUCAUUUAGUUAUUAAACCUAAAUUAUGUAUUUAUAAUUCAAAGAUUAUCAAACCAAAACUUGUUAAUGUAUUUAUUAAUUGGAUUGAUAAAGAAUUGAAAGAUCCUAUAUAUAUACGUAAUGAAUAUGAUCCAAUAUAUAAAUUUAAACUUAUUUAUCAUGGUAAACCUAAUGAGAUUCUUAGUAAUAAUAAUAAUAAUAAUAAUUCAUCUAAUGAAGAUUCUUUUGCAAAUUUAAUUUUAAUUAAGACUAAAGGAUCAAAUACUAAAAAUUUUGGUGGAUAUAAUUCUCAUGAUAAUGAAUAUAUUCAAAAUAUAAAAAUAAGUCAUUUAAAAGUAAAUUGUAAAUCUUAUGAAAAAGAUUUAUGUACAUCGACUUAUAAAAUUGAAGAAAUUGAAGCUUAUAAUGUAACUAAAUUUAUAUAAUACUCUUAAUAAUUUUGAAUUAUUUGUUACUUGUAAGUAAUUAUAUUUAUUAAGCUCUAGUGCUUGACGCAUGUGAUAUUAGUACUACUGUUCACAUUUGAGGAAAUAAGACAAUUUAUGACGCAAUAAUUAUAAAAUUGAUAAACAAGUCGAAAAUUUUAACUUACGCAUUUUCGUUUCCGACCUUUUAAAGGAAUUCUUUAAUGCUACUAAGUAAUAAUU